UAUGUUCUGAGGGUCGACUACCCUAUUCUUGUUAUUUAGCACAAAACAAACCUACAAAACAAUUAAUAUUAACCAGUGUUUGUCUUAGUUCCUUUUACAUUAAAUUAAUUCGCCUAAUUUCUUGUCUCUGGAAGAAGAAUUGGCCUUUUACAUUUUUCAUUCGCUGGGUUUUGUUUCUGCUUAUGUAAAACACACACACACAUACACGUGACUCAUUUAUAUUGAUUGUUUCAUCGCUUUGUUUUUGCAUUUACCAGUUUAUUAACGAUGCUUGAUGCUACAAUCUUCCCAAAAUAUAUUAAGCUUAUGUUCUGUUUGUGUAGUAGUUUAUUUUUAUUUUUAUUUUUUAUUUAUUUGUCUACUUCCAAACUUAAUUCUUUUGAAAGAUUAUUCCGUAUUUUUCUAGUGUUUAAAGACACGUUUUAAUAUUAUUUCUCUUUUAAGUGGUCGGUGAUAGCUGCGACUUGAAGCUAUUUCUGCUUUUCCUUAAGUUUUGAAAUUGAAUAUUCUAAUGCAUUAUUUACUGUAUUUCCAGAUUAUAUAUAGGAAGAUUGAUGAUGGUAUUAAAUCUGCACAUGCAAUGCAUGUGGUCAAAACUAGAUUUUGAAGAAAUAUAAUAGACUAGAACUGUUAUUCUGUUUUGCAUUCUCCAUAGUAAAAUUACACGCAGAUGGUGUAGUCUUCUAUGUCAAACCUUUUACUAGUGAACUAUCCAGGGAUAAUGUUGUCUACUAAGAAUUCUUUCCCUAAUAUCCCAUCAAUCUCCAUAGAAAGCCCUUCUGGCAAUGCCCCAAUUCUUAGUGAUCCACCCAUCAAAAGCAGUUAUCUCCAGUAACUACUCCUUUCUAGUUUUCUGACUGCGAUGGCUUGAUCUCCAGAGCUGAGCAUUUGUCAUUUUUAUUUGAUAAAACAAACACAGAAAAAAAAAAAAAAGCAAGUAAUUAUUCAAAAACGACCGUUCUUUUGACUUUCUUGGAAACCAAACAACAACUAAGAUGUAAAUUGGAAAAAAAAAAAAAAGUUCUAAUACAUAUCCUGAAAGAAAGCAGAUUUACCUUAUAUGUUUCUCUCUGUUUGUUAUCCUGAUUCUGUUUUCCUUUCUCUUUCAUAUUAGCAAAGAUUAGUUGAACUUUUUAAAUUUAUAUGUACAACAUUUUCUGACUUUAUAUGAAAUUCAGAUAUUAUUAUUCUUGAUAAUCUUCAUUUGGAUCAAUAUUGUUGUCAUGACUGUGUUCUGGAUUUUUUUUCUUCUGUUUCAUAUUUAUCGAUACUUGUUCCUUGGGAACCUAACCCUUAUGACAUUAGUUUACUAGGGAAAUGCGAAAUGAAAAUAGCUAUAGAAUCAAGCUUAUAAUAUUUGAUUUUCUGCCAUAGAAAGGCUGCAAAAAGUCAGCAUCGCUAUCAUAGAUUGUUUAGAGUUUUAAGUAAAAGAGCUAUAGGUUCAGAGUUAUUUUGGUGGCAGAUUGAAAGAACUUCUCAAGUUUGGAAAUUCAAGCUUUCACUGUAAACCGUAAAAACUUUGAAGGCCUGAAUUUAAUGUGAUUUUUAUUGAGAAGUGGAUGAUGAGACUUGUAGGAAGUCUAUAUUAAUGAUUAGACUCCAUGGUAUUUUAGCUUUUGUAAUUGUUGUUAUUGUCACCACUUACAUGCUUUACAUGUGUUUUUCUUUACUUAACUCUCUAGAGUUACUAUCAUAGUGAGAGGUGAACUUGUUACUUCUUGGCUUUGAUAUGAGCUUGUAGCUGAUUUAUUGAUCCAUGGUUUCGUCUGUUACUCUUAAAUGGUCUAAAGUCAAAACAAACAUCAAUAUUUAUUUGUUCAAACUGAGUUGUGGGUGUAUAAUUUCCAUUGUCCAAUCGAUGCUGGAAAGUCAACUAUUUAUGCUCUCUUCUCUCAUGUUUGUAUUAGGCUUUAUGAUAUGAGCUUUUAUAUUUGAUGGUUGUUAGGCUAGUUGUUUGUUAGAUUGUUUUCUAUUAAGAAAUGUUUGUCUGGCUAAAUAGCAAUGCUAAAUAUCAUCCUUCUUUCUUUUGAACCAAGAUGCUCCUUGGUUCAAAACAUCAUUUUGUACCUUUCAUUUAAUUUCCUUUAACUCCGCCUGAAAGAUUAUAUUUGCUUAUUCAUUUUUGGUAAAUUGUGGUUAUCAGAGUGUAUGAUGGGUCAUCUGAUAAAUUAGACUAAUGCAAUUAAUAACUUUCUUUGACAAUCUUAAGCCUUCUCUUUUUUUUUUUUUUUUUUUUUUUUUUGAGAGUCUAAAUUCCACCUGCCGAAUGAUUCUAACAUUACAUGGAAACAUUUUUGUAUCUAUAUAACAAAUGUUUGGGUAAUAGAUAUUUUAAACUUUGAGAGACUAAUAUAAUUUCUCAGAAAGAUAAAGAGUAUGACUCUAACCUUAGGUGGUGGCUGGUGUUAGUAUACCCUAUUUGGGUAUCCUUUUAGCAUUAUUGGAGCUUCUCCGAGGGGUGUGAAGCCCAUUUUCUUCUGUCUUGCCCUGUGCUUGUAUCUUUGUUGUUCUGGGUUUUAACUUUAUUUUAUUUUAUUUUUUUUUCUCUGUUCUCUCUUUUUUUUCCUGCACUUGCUUUAGUAGCUAGCAUGAAGAGGACAAGAAGAAUACUUUUCUGUAAGGUUUAUUUGUUUUCUUCAUUGAUUUAGAGUUCCCUAGAAUCAUCAUGCUGAUUUUCAGAAGUUUGAUUUUGAGUUACAUUUCUUAGUUUGUCCUUCCUCCCCAAGGGCUUUUGCGAUUUGCCAGUAAUCAACUUAUUUAAGAAAUGUAGGAGAGUGUACUAAUCACUAAGCAUUUCUUUCCUGCGCUCUUGUUCUUUGAGCAAGUCUGACUUAAAUAUGUGUAUUUUUACACGGAUAAUGUUUUACUCAAUCAUUGAGGGGCCAUUCUUGCACCAGUGGAUGUUUGGACAAAUCUACUGGUUGGCUUUGACCAACAUUGAUACAUACAACAUGUAAAGUAAAUUUUGUAGCAUGGGCUUGAGUUUUGCAGGUUUAGAAGUUCAAAGGAGGGAGCACUAUGGAUGAGUUUAGCAUUCAGAUUAGCAGAAACCUGGUUAAUAGGCUAGCUGAUGAUUCUGAGAAGUCGAAGAAGAAAAAAAGAACUAAAAUUAAGGUGCCACGAGAGCCACAACGACCCCAAACUAAGAUAACUCAAAAGCAGGCUUUUGAUGAUUCUGAAACACAAAAGGGGGCAACUGCUACUGGAUGGCCACUUCAGUCUCCAUUGUUCCUGCCUGCUCCUGCACAGAAUGCCAAUGCAGAAUUAGAUGCAAUCCGAUCAUUAAUUCAAGACAGUGAGCGGGUACUGGAGAGGUUGCAUAAGCAGGAGGAGAACAUGGUUCAGGAAGUAACUCAAAGAGCAAAGGAUCUCCGUGAUAAGGAGUUCAAGCUUCCGUACCAGAAGCCUAUGCCCUGUUUGGCUGAGACUGAGGCUUGCUUGGCAUGCUACCAGGAGCAUGUCAAGGAUCCUUUGAAAUGUGCUCAUCUUGUUCGAAAUUUUGCAGAUUGUGCUCGAAGAGUUCGGCAGCAAGUGAACUCGGCGUAGUAGGUCACAAACAUGAGUGAGACCUGAUUUUGAAAUUUUUGCAGUACAAAAUAAGCCAAAUACUAAUUCAUCUCUUUGGACGACUUGCUGUAUUCUCUUACUGCUGUUUGACCUAUUUGUUGAAUCUGAAUUUACUACAGCUCCAUACUGUUACUAUGCUCGAGGGACAAUUCAAAUACUAACCAUUUUAGAGUUUUUCAAA